CAACGUACACAAGCAUAUACAUAUAUACAGAACCAAAUAAAUAAAUGGGUUAUUAUGUGAAUAAUAAUUUCUUAGUGCUGCUUAGGGUUUUGCUGAUUGUGACGACCGCGGCCCUCCUCCUGGCUUCCCCGUCGGCCGCUGCCACAAGUUGUAAUUCCGCCACCAUCCGUCCAUCUGGAGUGAUAAGAGCCCCCACUCCCAGGGCGGUAUAUGUUCGCGGUGGUGAUCAUGGCUGCGGAAGUUUUUUCUCUCGUAAGUUAAGCUCCGGGAGAUUUAGUGAGCCCGACCGCGGCGGAUUCAAUGAGCCCAACCCGGCCAAGGGUGGCUAGACUUAAUCAUAUUCAUCUCUACUAUUCGGAUGGUUCUUCUUUUUGGAUGCCUGUAGUAAGGCAGACUAGCACGUUAAUGUUCACUAGCGGCCAACUAAAUUUGCCUGUGUAAGUUGAUUAUCAUUCCUUAUUUUCAACCAAAUUUUAUGAAAUAAUAGAAGAGGGAGAUGAGAAUUUGGGAACAGAAUCCACCCUAAGUCCGGGGAAUCGAGGUAUUUUCGUGCUACGCGGUACCUGACAUUAAGCGGGGCUAACAGCCUAACACGAUAUGGUGCGGUUCGAUCGAGCAUGGACAAGAAAUUAAGGGAUUUCCUAUAUAUUAAGAACUAGCUUAUAGCCGCCCGUUGGCCGAAAGAAGAUUGUGUGUAUUUUUCUAAACUAUAAUAAGCAUUGAAUUUGUCG